AUGUUCGAGGACGUCUCGCGAUCGAAUUGCUACAACUACGGGGACGCCCUCUACUGGGACGCGCGGUACAUAGAGGAAGGCGACACCUCGUUCGACUGGUACCAGCGUUACUCCGCCCUCCGUCCCCUUGUCCGCAAGUUCGUCCCGACAUCCUCCAGAAUUCUCAUGGUCGGCUGCGGCAACGCCGGUAUUCGAUUUCCCUAAGUUUCUCCUCACAUCAGUCGUUGAUUUUUGCGUUUUCCUAUGCGUCGUUGGUUAUCUUUUUGCCGUAGGUGGGGUUCGUUGAGUUGAAUUAUCCAUGUAUUUGAACAAUUCGCGUAGUUCCGGUAGCGAGUUGGGACUGACCGCUGCUAUACUGUAGGAUGUAUUAACAUGAAACCCUACGGUAAUCGUGUUGGGGUUUGAAAUUAUUGACUAUGGAACAAUUUCCGUUUUUCAAUCACAUACGUUGCACGGCAUUGGGGCUCAGAGGUCCGGAAGCCCUCUAUUUGAGCAUAAUAUGUUCCAAGGUGGAUAGUGGUCGGAUUGGAGAAAGAUGAGAAAAGUUGAUUUGGUUAGUUCUGAUAUGGCAAAAUUGUUGAGGUAUUUAGGCAGUUACUCCUGAUGACCUGCCCCAGAGAGAAUGACUUGGCUUGCAGUCGUGAUCGUCGGCAAGAGUUCCUAAACAGAUUAGUGCGGGGCAACAGAACAUAGGAAACUGUAUUCUCCUACUCGUCUUAACCAUUAUCUAUUUCUUUUCUUUCAUCUACUGCUUUAUUCUUUUUAAAUUUGGAUCGAUUCUCUGUUCUGUUUUCAGUUCUUCAUUCUGAUUUUAACGGGAUUCAGUGGAUCCUGGUUGUUCUUGCCCUUAAAGGGUCAAUAAAAUACAAUGCUGUGCAAUGUCUCCCACAUCUCAAUAUUUAAAAAUUACACUGAUUCGGUGACUGUAGUGUGGGAAUUAUGGUUUGGUUCCAUAACAUAACAGAACCCGAGAUACAUAUGUCAGCAUAGCCAACUCACAUGCCAUUGGAGAUUUCUAAUUUUUUUCAUGUUGUAGAGUCUCAUUCUCUCAAACUGUUCAUUUACAAAAAUCUGAAAUAUCUAUAUAUUUUCGUUUGUGGCUAAUAAUGAAGGCUUCUAUCCUGCAGUUAUGUCAGAAAACAUGGUACAAGAUGGUUAUGAAGAUAUAAUGAAUAUUGACAUCUCUUCGAUUGUAAUUGAAAUGAUGAGAAAGAAAUAUGCCAAUGUUCCUGAACUGCAAUGUAUCCUUUUUGAUCAACAAAUAUUAUUAUUUCAGUUUCUCAGUCACAUGCUUACUAUACAAAGAACUUUAAAUACCUUUCGCACACUGUCUAGACCCUUAAUCAUUUAUAGACAUGCAGAUGGAUGUUAGAGAUAUGAGUUUCUUUCCUGAUGAAUCAUUUGACAGUGUAAUUGACAAGGGUUCGUGUCCUCUAUUUUACUGUAUCUUUUCAAGAACUGUGCCUUAAAUUCUGUAUUAAUUUGUGCUAAAUUAAUCUUGCCUUUUUUUGCUGAUUGACAUAUUGGUGUUUAUGUAGGAACACUGGAUUCUUUGAUGGUACGGAUUAAUAUUUGAGAGGCGCUCGUAAUUUCUGAAGCUUAUUUCUCGUGCUUGACCUGAUUCUGCUGAUAAUUUUUUAUGCUAGUGUGGCAUCAAUGCUCGAAUAAGUGCUUCCCAAAUGCUAGGAGAAGUGAACAGGUUGCAUCUGAGAAGUAUUGAAGUAAUCUUUUUUGCGCUACAUGUUAGAAUUUCUGAUAUGAACGGUUUUUCUUUCAUUUAAUCAUUUUCAAAAUCUCUAGGCUACUAAAACCGGGAGGAAUUUACAUGUUGGUAUGUUUAUAAAACUUGAAGUUAAAGCUUUAUUGGGGAUUACGUACUGGAAGCUCAAUGAAUCUGGCCCAUUCUCCUUACAGAUUACUUAUGGUGACCCGUCUCUCCGGAUUCAUCAUUUGACCAAGGAAGGACGUUGGAAGAUAAGAUUAUACAUUUUACGUGAGUACUAGAUUAAUCCUUGAUGUCCUUAGUGUCAUCAGUUUGUUUUCGAGUUUAUUUUGUGGUUUCUAAUUUAGUGAACAAUGCAAACAAGUAACUUCUUAAGCUUCAUCUUAAUCUUCCAGUCUACUUCUUAGGCUUACAAUAACAAAAAGAGAAUGAUUAUUCUUGCCCAUCUCAUUUGAUUGCGAUUUUUUUGUGUGAAGUGCCUCAAAUAAUUUCCAUUUUGAGUAUUGUUGACAUGUGAAUGAUGCUCAAAUAAAAUGGUACUUGAUGAAAUUUGCUUCAAAGUGUCAUUUACCUCUUCAAAAUUUUGGUCAAGGCGCUCUUGAAAAUCAAGAAAUUACAUUCUAAAGAAUGGGCCUACAUCAGUGACAAUAUCCUCAUUAUCCUGCAAACUUUUGCCUUGUAGAAUCUUCACUAGGUUUAAUCUAAAAGUAGCAACCUUGCCUUUAUAUCAUUUGACGCAGCCAAAGUUCUGUGAAGAAAAAAAUUCAUCCUUGAAUCCACAAGACACGAAAUUUCAAUGAAAAAACGCACUUCUGAAUUUACAGAAUUGGAGGCUUCAACCGUGAACCUACAGAGGCUUAUUAGCGGCAACCGUGAAAGAUGAUUUGUCCCACAAGUAAAGAGGAACACUUAAAAGAGUAAGACUCGUAAUAAUUCUAGUUGUCCUGGGUUUAUAAUGUGGGGGCCUUUAAACAGGCCUUAACUUGUUUGACAUAGUUUUCUCGCACUUUAUUUGGGCCCAAUAAGGUCCUAGGCCCUCUUUUAGCCUUUUCAUCUUUACAACCUAUUUCCAAAGAGUUGGGCCUCUAGUUUUGGGCUUCUCCUACUUAUGUGCGCUCUGGACUACGUGAUUCGUUGAUUUCAUUCAUAUGUGCUAGGCAAUGGUGGCUUUAUUGGUACCUAUAUUGUUUAAUAUUAUUUUUAAAAAUUAAUAAAAAUGGCUGCUUCGACUUUGAAAGAAAAGGAAAUAGCAGAACGGUGAACACCAAUUAGGAAAACCCUGGAAUGGCUGGUAAAAAUCCGGUUUAUUAGGUCUGGCUCGCUAGUGAUGAGCUAUCCUAUAUAUACAUGCAGAUAAACAGAGUGAAGUUUGGCAGAUCCUCGUUCAUCAAGGUAUAUUAUUGAACCUUUACCAGCAAAAGAAUUAAGAAAUAAAUUGAAGGCACCUGUUAUAAGAAGAAAAUGAUUCCCUUUUCUGAGCAUCUUUGAGAAUGCUUGAUCACAUCCUCAGAAAUAAAGAGGACGUAGAAAGGGAGAAUCAUAGCUAUUGUUCAAUCAAGUACACCCUCUUUGUCUUCCUGCUUCGACCUGCUCACUUUUUGAGCGUCACAAAUUUUUCUUUUGAGGGGUCUUUGGAGGGCCACCGUGUUAACGCUGUCCUUUGUGGUGCCGUCUUCGUCCUGCCGCGUCUCCUAGUCCAUGGUGGCAGUAUUUUGAUUAUUUGAGAUUCAUCUGGCUGUUUUGUGAGGGAUUCAUAGGCCCUUGCACCACCCUAUGAGAAAUCUGAUGAGCCCUGGAUCAUUUUCUACAUGGAUAUCAUGAAUGGGCACACAAUCUUUUAUGAUCUUGAGAUCGAUGUUUUUACUGUAUUGGUGAACCCAUGUGACUCUAACACAGAUUGCUCUCAUCAACCUUUUUUUUUUCCUCCAGCCCGGCCAGGCUUUCAGAGUUCGGAGGGUUGCAGCUCCUCAAGAAGGCCGCUCCUUGAGCCUGUGGCGCUUACAGAGAGGGGCCUUCUCCCUCCUGGCUUCGCUCCGGAAGACCCUGAUUCCCACUACAUCUACGUCUGCACAAAGCUGCAAGGAAUCUCCGGGCUCACAUCGGCUACAUCUCUGGACUUUCGAGAGUAG